AUGCCAGGGGCCGUCUCUGUGCACAGAGCCUCCCGCCUGCCCGUGCAGGAUGUGAAGAUUUCAGGGUCCAGCCGGCAGCCCCGGCGGCGGGCGCGGAGCGGGCGGCGCGGCCCCGACCGCGGGGUCCUCUGGGGGCCCCGGAGUGCGGAGGCGGCGCCCGGGAGCCCCCGGCGGAGGAUGGGCUGCGGACGCAGCAGACUGAGCUGCUGCAAACCCCCCAAAAAGAAGCGCCAAGAAACAGAUCAGCCACCCAGACCAGAGCCCCAGGAAUUAGGUCCCCUCAACAAGGACACAGCCACAGCUGUCCAGUCCAGUGCACCUGAGGAGGCCGAGCAGCACCAGAAGGAAAUCAGCAGGAUUCUCCAGCAACAUGAAGAGGAGAAGAAGAAAUGGGCCCAGCAGGUGGAGAAGGAGAGGGAGCUAGAGCUUCGGGAGAGACUGGAAGAGCAGCGGAGAGUCCUGGAAGGGAAGCAGGAAGAGGCCCUUCGAGUUCUCCAGGCCUCACAUGAACAGGAGAGAGAAGCCCUUACCCAGUCCUUCCAAAAAGCCGAAGCUGUCCUGCAGGAGACCAUGAAGGGCCUGACCUCCCAGCUGGAGGUCUUCCAGGCCAAGAUGAGGAGGGUGGAGGAAUCCAUCCUCAGCCGAGACUACAGGAAGCACAUCCAGGAUUAUGGGAGCCCCAGCCAGUUCUGGGAGCAGGAGCUGGAGAGCCUGCACUUCGUCAUCGAGAUGAAGAACGAGCGCAUCCAUGAACUGGACAAGCGGUUGCUCCUCCUGGAAGCUGUGAAAGAAAAAAAUCUGGUGUUGGAGGAAAAAAUCACGAUCCUGCAGCAGGAGAACGAGGACCUCCACGUCCGAGCCCGGAAUCAGGGGCUGGUGUCGAGGCAGCUCUCGGAGGACCUGCUGCGGGCCCGCGAGACCCUGGAGAAGGAGUCACAGUUACGGCGACAGCUCCAGCAGGAGAAGGAGGAGCUGCUGUUCCGGGUCCUGGGGGCUGAUGCCUCCUCUGCCUUCCCCCUGGCCUCUGUUCCCCCCACCGAGGUCUCCUUCCUGGCCACCUAGGCUGCGGGGCCCGCCGUGACACCUGUGGUCACCACUCUCUCCAAGGACUUUCUGGAGAAGACAGCAGGGCUGCUGGCUUUGUUCCCGGGAAGGAAGGCGACAGGGGUUGGGGGGUGAGAUAGGGAGCCAGGCGUGUGCUCCAGGAGCCCUGGGGGCGUGGUCUUGUAGAAUUGCCCACGGGGCUUUGCUGACUCCCUCAGGAAGGCCAAGACUUCUCCCAGGGCAACCUGGGCCCCUUGGACCAGCCAGCAAAAGAGGAGAUGCCCCUGGGCCCAGCUUGUUGACGCACUGUCUUGUCAACCUCCUGUAGGGGUUCCCAGCCCUGCCCUGGCCUUGUCUCAGCCUCAGUUUACCCUUGCUCUAAGAUGGUUCGGGCAGUGAGUCGAACGGCUCCGGGCCACUGAGUGUCCCGCUCUGUGGUGUCUGAAGGUGAGACCAGGGUUUGCAGCAGCAGGAGGGGGCAGACCCUGCAAAUCAGAAGUCAGACUGGGCCGGCUGAGCAGCAGGGCGGGAAUCCCUGAAGGCCCUGGGGACUGGCAGGGCCGGGCAGCCAGCUUGGCCCAGGAGCCACAGCCAGAGCGCCUCCUGCCUUUCCUAGGCAUAGCUCAUCUCCUUAGUCCUCCUGGUCCUCUAGGCUCAUGCCCCUGGGCCCCUGGGCCACCUUAGUGGGGCUGAGUACCCUCAGUAGUCAGAGCGGGAGCCCCAUUCCCCUACAGAGGAGGAAGCCAGGUGGUGAGUGGAUCCCACAGUUGGGACCGAAACCCUGCCUGCCACUGGGGGGGUCAUCCUGCUGCUCUUUGGCUUCUUCCCCGAGCUGGGAAGAGCGGAUCUGUGACUUGGCCCCUCUCCUCCUUCCCUUACCUGCUCCAGCUCCACGCCCUCUCUUACUUCUGCUCUCUGCCUUAACUUCUCCUCUUCCCACUCCUGACCCAGGCCCGGGAAGUUCAGGUGUGACCGGGUGCCAAGGAGGGGAAGUGUGCUGAGCUGCCCCUGGAGCCAUGGUCCGUCGGGUUCUGUGGGAGCCGGGGGACAACUCUAGAGGGAGGCACACAUGUACUUGUCCAUGCAGCUUUCUCCAAAGCACAUCUGGUUCACUAGUUGAUGGGACAUUCACAGCCACAAGCUGGAAAGAGUCGGUGGCCAAGUAUUGUGGGGAAUAAAACAAAUCCGCAACUUGCA